CGUGGAGAUUUGGCGAGGUCAGGGGUGGCUUUGGUGGACCCGGUCUACCUACUGUCCAUGGGGCUGUAGUACGGGAUAGGGCGGGUGUUAGAGGUAUCCGGUGCUAGAAGGCAAAACCGUGCCGUGUUCCGUGAAUAAUCAUAGGGGAGGAGCUGGUAGAGAUGUAAGCCGACAAAAUGACGGACAAAUAUACGGGAGUUGAAGAGCGAGACAUUUUCCUAAAUGUUUUUGGUUCUCCAGCUAAAAGCGAUACCAGUUCUCUGGAUAUUUAUGAUGGAUUGGAUGUGGCAUCUUUGUCUGAUGAACUCCCACAAUCCAGCACACCCCCCAGGAACUGCUUGGACCUAUAUGAGGAAAUCAUUACAGAAGAAGUUACUGCUAAAGAAGCCUCCCAUAGUGACCUGCAAUCUGCAUAUGAUAAGUGUCAGAAACAAAUGAAAGCCCUAAUUGAAAAACUCAAGGAAAUUCAAAUGAAGAACACAAGCUUACAGAAUGAAAAUAUUUGCUUGAAGAAGAAUAUUUCGGCCCUUAUCAAAACAGCAAGAGUAGAAAUUAAUCGAAAAGAUCAGGAAAUCAACAAUCUGGAGCGUCGCUUGUCUACACCAAGAAGUUUCCGCAAUUUUAAGUCUGUUCCUCCGCAUAAGACGCACUGCCAGGGGGACAUGCCCUAUAGAGAUGUGAGAUCAAUGAAUGUGGGUAAUAUGAGAACUGAAGUAAAAGUCCAAAGCACCUCGUCUGAGGCCACUGUUUCUGGCAAUUCUGAUAAAAAUGCUCCAGAAAAGGGAAAUAUUUCAGGUCUUGUGGAAAGUGGCACAUUAAUUACCUCAAAAUACCAAAAUGCUAUGCACAACAAAGACAGUUUGGACUCUUUACAGAAGGAGGUAACAAAAAGCCACUUAAAUGCAGGAGAAAAGAAACAAAGGAAAGAAAAAGACAGAGAUCUCAGAGGGAGGAAGGAAGAGCGACAGCAAAUUACAAAUUUAGAAAACGAAAAGAGAAACUUUGAUUUAAGAGGAAAGUUAAACCUGUCUGAUAAAAUUGCCCCAGAAAAGAGGAAUAUUUCAGGUCUUGUGGAAAUUGGCACAUUAAUUACCACAAAAUGCCAAAAUGUUAUGCACCACAAAGAGAGUCUGGACUCUUCUUUCCAGAAGGAGGUACCAGAAAGCCACCUAAAUGCAGGAGAAAAGAAACCAAGGAAAGAAAAAGACACAGAUAACAGGGAUAGAGAUCUCAGAGGGAGGAAGGAAGAGCGACAGCAAAUUACAAGCUUAGAAAAUGAAAAGAGAAACUUUGAUUUAAGAGGAAAGUUAAACCUGUUUGAUAAAAUUGCCCCAGAAAAGGGGAAUAUUUCAGGUCCUGUGGAAAGUGGCACAUUCAUUACCACAAAAUUCCAAAAUGUUAUGCACCACAAAGAGUGUCUGGACUCUUCUUUACAGAAGGAGGUGUCAGAAAGCCAAUUAAAUGCAGGAGAACAGAAACCAAGGAAAGAAAAAGACACAGAUAACAAGGACAGAGAUCUCAGAGGGAGGAAGGAAGAGCGACAGCAAAUUACAAAUUUAGAAAAUGAAAAGAGAAACUUUGAUUUAAGAGGAAAGUUAAACCUGUCUGAUAAAAUUGCCCCAGAAAAGGGGAAUAUUUCAGGUCUUGUGGAAACUGGCACAUUAAUUACCACAAAAUGCCAAAAUGUUAUGCACCACAAAGAGAGUCUGGACUCUUCUUUACAGAAGGAGGUACCAGAAAGCCACUUAAAUGCAGGAGAAAAGAAACCAAGGAAAGAAAAAGACACAGACAACAGGGAUAGAGAUCUCAGAGGGAGGAAGGAAGAGCGACAGCAAAUUACAAGCUUAGAAAAUGAAAAGAGAAACUUUGAUUUAAGAGGAAAGUUAAACCUGUCUGAUAAAAUUGCCCCAGAAAAGGGGAAUAUUUCAGGUCUUGUGGAAACUGGCACAUUAAUUACCACAAAAUGCCAAAAUGUUAUGCACCACAAAGAGAGUCUGGACUCUUUACAGAAGGAGGUACCAGAAAGCCACUUAAAUGCAGGAGAAAAGAAACCAAGGAAAGAAAAAGACAGAGAUCUCAGAGGGAGGAAGGAAGAGCGACAGCAAAUUACAAGCUUAGAAAAUGAAAAGAGAAACUUUGAUUUAAGAGGAAAGUUAAACCUGUCUGAUAAAAUUGCCCCAGAAAAGGGGAAUAUUUCAGGUCUUGUGGAAAUUGGCACAUUAAUUACCACAAAAUGCCAAAAUGUUAUGCACCACAAAGAGAGUCUGGACUCUUCUUUGCAGAAGGAGGUACCAGAAAGCCACUUAAAUGCAGGAGAAAAGAAACCAAGGAAAGAAAAAGACACAGACAACAGGGAUAGAGAUCUCAGAGGGAGGAAGGAAGAGCGACAGCAAAUUACAAGCUUAGAAAAUGAAAAGAGAAACUUUGAUUUAAGAGGAAAGUUAAACCUGUCUGAUAAAAUUGCCCCAGAAAAGGGGAAUAUUUCAGGUCUUGUGGAAACUGGCACAUUAAUUACCACAAAAUGCCAAAAUGUUAUGCACCACAAAGAGAGUCUGGACUCUUCUUUACAGAAGGAGGUACCAGAAAGCCACUUAAAUGCAGGAGAAAAGAAACCAAGGAAAGAAAAAGACACAGACAACAGGGAUAGAGAUCUCAGAGGGAGGAAGGAAGAGCGACAGCAAAUUACAAGCUUAGAAAAUGAAAAGAGAAACUUUGAUUUAAGAGGAAAGUUAAACCUGUCUGAUAAAAUUGCCCCAGAAAAGGGGAAUAUUUCAGGUCUUGUGGAAACUGGCACAUUAAUUACCACAAAAUGCCAAAAUGUUAUGCACCACAAAGAGAGUCUGGAUUCUUCUUUACAGAAGGAGGUACCAGAAAGCCACUUAAAUGCAGGAGAAAAGAAACCAAGGAAAGAAAAAGAUACAGAUAACUGGGAUCUCAGAGGGGGGAAGGAAGAGCGACGGCAAAUUACAAGUUUAGAAAACGAAAAAAGAAACUUUGAUUUAAGAGGAAAGUUAAACCUGUCUGAUAAAAUUGCCCCAGAAAAGGGGAAUAUUACAGGUCUUGUGGAAAUUAGCACAUUAAUUACCACAAAAUGCCAAAAUGUUAUGCACCACAAAGAGAGUUUGGACUCAUCUUUACAGAAGGAGGUAUCAGAAAGCCACUUAAAUGCAGGAGAAAAGAAACCAAGGAAAGAAAAAGACACGGAUAACAGGGACGGGGAUCUCAAAGGGAGGAAGGAAGAGCGACAGCAAGUUACAAGUUUAGAAAACGAAAUAAGAAACUUUGAUUUAGGAGGAAAGUUAAACCAGUCAUCUUCAAACCAUGGCAAAAAUGAAGGUGACCAAGAAAGUAAGGGCACAAAAUCUGACGGGAAUCAUGAAACGGGCAACAAAAUAUAUUUCAAUUCAAGUGGUUACGAGAAAUCAAGCAGUACAAGAGGGAAGACGCAGCUGAGAGAUCAACCUCACCCAAAAGAUAAGCUUAAGAAUAAACAUGAAAAAUCACCACAGAAAAGGGACUCUAAAGGAUAUGAGAGAUGCCGAGAAACAGAAUACAGAAGAAGUGCAACUGGAAAAGAAGACAACCAGCCACGCAGGUCAAAAAGAACUAUUCCAUUCCCAAAAGAAGAAACCUCUCACAAAUCUGUUAAAUGUGACCUUAAUGACAGCAGGAAUAGAAAUGAUUUGGGUAGAAAAGAAAAACGCACCUCUGACUACAACAAAGACUUGAGAUCCACAUAUAACAAAGAAUCGAGGUGUUUUAGUAAAAAUGAAAUGUCCACAUCUAAAAAUGGUAAGCAAACCAGAGAUGAUAAAAGUACAAAAUCUGAUAGAAGACACGAUGAAAAGAGAAGGUCCAGAGAUGAUCGAGAUGCAAGUAGACGGGAAAGAAAAGGACCCACAGAAAAAGAAAGGUUGAUAUCCCAAUCUCCAAAUAAGAAAAGAAACAAAGUAGAUUCCUGUAGUGCAGAGCAAGAGUCUCCAAGUACGCUGAGCAAUGGUAAAACAAAUGCCGAAAAAAAGCCACCCUGUGAGCAAGACACCAAACUGUCUUUUAUGGAGACACUGAAUCUUACUCUUUCUCCAGCUAAAAAGAAAUCGCAGUGUGAAGUGGAACAUGGCAGUAAAAACGUGUCUGAAUCUAAUGUGGAAUGUACCAUUGUUGCGGCAGAGGAUGUUGUGUCUUCUGAAGUGUUUGAUUGUUUAGAAAAUGCUGGGGAGAAAAAAACUCUAUCAAACUUAAGAGCCACUAAAGAGAUUGACUCAACUACUAUAACAGAGACACAAGAGUUGCAAGUUGGUGGUGUUCACAUAGAAGAGCCUCUAUCUCUGUGUGAAUCUAUAAGAACUGUAGACCCAAUUACAUGUCUUCAGGAGUUACCACCAGCAUUGAUACUCAAGCACAUUAAUGCAACACCCAUAAAAAAAGUACCACCUGAAGUAUUUUUGGCUGAUGACUUAAUUUCUUUGAGCUCUGAUGAGAUGGAGACACAUAGUUGUGUAGAUGGAUCAGAUAUAGGUGAACUUGAGUCAUUCAUUGAAAUUGACAAGUGUAGUGGUAGUGAAAGUCCUAAUGAAUCAAACCCAGACAAAGAUAUAGUGCAAACUGAAAUCUGUCAAGAUCAAGCAAUGCUUGCUGAGCAAAUACCCGAUCCUGCUGCUGGCACCACAAGUAAUUUGGAACCAAAUACAAAUGAAAACCUAAAAGAUGCAGAUACAAGCCACCAGUGUAUGUCCUUGUCAAAGGAACUAAACAAGGAGAACUGUCAACCAGCGAACAAGGCAGACACUGAUUCUGGGAAUGAUUGGCUUGUAAUUUCUUCAGAUGAGGUGGAAGAAGGGGAAAUUAUUAGUGAUAACGAAGAUGCUUUCAAAUCUGAAAAAACUCUAGAAAGCUCUGAAAAAAAUAAUUCUGCAGAGGAAGUGAACAUCAUUCAUAGUCAAGUAACUUGCACAAGAGAAAUGUCAUCUUUGACUGAUGCUAAUGGGGUGGUUUCAAAAACACCUCCUGCAUCCAAGGAGAAAGCGAAAAUAAGGACCAAAACCAAAUUAAUACCAUUACCAAACAGUACAUCAAGAAAGCAGAAGCCUUGCCUUGAAGGCAUUGUGCAAAUUGUUAAACCAUCAACUGUACUGGAUGUGCUUCUGAUGUCAAGGGUUAUCAGGAAGCACAUAAGAACAAAAUACAUGAAAUUUAAGAUGCAGGUUUCAGUCCGCCAGUUCCAUAGUGUAAUAGAACAUGGAACAUUAUAUUUUUUAGAGUUAAUGAAGACUAUUGAUUGGUCCACAUUGUGUUCAUCACCUGACCGUGUGAAGAAAUGUGCCUGUAAGUACAUUGAAUCCAAAAUGAAACGGGUAAAAAAGAAUGGGAUUGUGGACCGCAUAUUUGAACAGCGCUUAGAGGACAUGAAAAAGAAACUAUGGAAAUUCGUAGAUGAACAGCUUGAUUGUUUGUUUGAUAAACUUAAAGCAAUGCUUACAAGACUAUGUGACAAAGUCAAACAGCAGCGUGAUGAUAGUACAAACCUGUUGACGUCUGAAACCACUGCAAACCCCAAAGUAUUUUCUGUCCUUGUAAAUGAUCCCCACAAAACCAGCAAAAACAAGAAAAAAAAUCUGUCUCAGUUGUCUAAAAAAAUGCUUAGACAUGGAACGUGUUUGAGACAAGAGCAACAUGAAUUGCCAUAUGGAAGUAAAGGUUAUGCUACAAAACAUCCUAAUGUUAGUAACAAGCUGACCCAUCCAAAGAAAGGGGGGGCUGUUUCCCCUGUAAGUGACACCAGGCCUGCCAUUGCACUUGGCAAAAAUGUAAAUGCAAAUCAUGCUGCAAAACAUUCACACAUUAGUAACAAAUCUCUUUCACUAAAACCUGAUAGAUCCAUACAAAAUACUUCAGAGUUGUCCUUUAGUUUACUGAGUGAUGACCACAUGGGAGAAUUAUUUAAAAGCUUACUUCACCAUUCAGACCAUUUGGUCCCUAACAACAUUUUGGAUGAGGACAUAUUCAUUUGUAUAUCUCCUGAGAAAAACAACUCUUUGCAGAAAAGUGAAAAUGUGAAUUUGUCAACAGAACUGACAACUCCAACACAAUCUUUUGCUUCUUGGCCUCCUGUUUUCCCUUCACAAUCAAAGACAUUUUCUAGGUUUGAUCAUUUCCUUCACCCAGAUGUCCUUGAUGAAAGUUGCAUGCUGGAGAUUCCCAACAGUGCUUCAUCUGUCAAGAAUAUUCCAAGCUCAGAGGAAAGGACAAAAUCCUUUACUUCAAUCCUUUUAGAAGAUCUUGCAGUGUCUCUUACUGUACCGUCACCUUUGAAGUCUGAUUCUCACCUUAGCUUUCUUCGAGAAGCUAGCGCCCCUGAAACAGUUUUGGGAGAAAUUCUUGAUCCCCUUUGCAUAGAAGAUGCUCUUCUUGAGGAAGAUGCAACUGAACAAGACAUACAUUUAACACUGGAUUCUGAAAACUCAAGCAGCUGCUCAUUGCCAGAUACGAAUGAUACUCCCUCCACUUUUCAGUGCCAUCCUAGUGAGCCAAUGCAAGCAGUUGUCAUGGAGAAAUCAAAUGAUCACUUCAUUGUAAAGAUUAGACGAGCUGUGUCUAACUCUCCAAACGCAGAAUGCUCAUCAACUGAAGAUGCCAGUAUUGCUACCACACACCUGGCACAACCUGAGGUUAAAACCCUUAGCAAUGUGUCAUGUAACAGUAAUGAAGGAGAGAGCGGUUCUGAUCUACUUGGUGAAGGUGUGGGUUGUCAAAGUGAAAUGUACAUGCGUGGCAAUGGUGGCAAUAAGACUUCUGAAGAGAUUUUAGGCCAGCCAUCCUUUAGUAAUGAAACAAGGAGUGUUAAUGCACUAGAAGCAGUAACCAAGUUACUCGAAGGUUUAAAUGCUUCUUGUACUACAACAGCAACAGACGUAAAUACGUCUUGCGAUACCGUGAAACACAGCACUGGAAGUGUAAAAGAAGUUGACGUGUGUUCUGGCAAUACCAAUGUAGAUCCAUUAGGAGAAGAGGCAUCCAAUCUAUGCAUUGCUGAGGACACGGGGCCGACUGUGGUCAAAAAGAGGAAAAAUGUAGCAAAGGAAGAGUCACUGCCAAAGAGACAGAAAGGUUCAUCACACCAAGAUUCUGAAACUGAACGUAGUAAAAGCAGGCGCAUUGAUAAAACUGAUGCAAACACAUCUUUGGAUGCAGAGAAGUGUAGUGGAAAGCACAAUAGAUCAUCUAGUGAUGAUCUAACAUGUAUGUCUUCCCCCAGUAAUCUGUCUGCCAAAAACAUUAUCAAAAAGAAAGGAGAGGUCAUUGUGUCUUGGACAAGGGAAGAAGACCGUACAAUUCUUCUUGAAUGUCAGAAGCUUGGACCAAAUGAGAAGACGUUUGAGUUCUUAUCUUUGAAGAUGAAUAAACUCCCGUUUCAGAUAGAAGAAAGGUUCCGGCAAUUACUCAAGUUGUUCAAGAAGUCCAAACAUGCCAAAAGCUGAGACUUUAGUAUCUUGAACAGUUUCUUCUAGAUUCAAGAAGAAUAUGCUGAAUACAGUAAAGUGUGGGACCUACACUGUAAACUUACUUAUGUCCAUAAUAACUUGUAAAUAUAUCUGGGUGCCAGUUUUGUUUGUUUUUGUCUUUUUACUGCCUCUCCAGUAUACUGCUUGUCCAUUUGCUGAUCCUCAAGUUGGAGAGGUAUAGCUUAUUCUCCCUUGGAUUCUUUCAUUUAAAUGAAGAAUAAAAUAAUUAUUAAAGUCCUCAGCAACAAGUUAAGUAAGAAUGUGCAAGUGCAGUGUAAUAUAUUUUGAAGUGUUAGCUGUGAAUUCCAGUUAUGUUUUUUUUCUCUAUUUUCUACCCUUGUGUCCAUUUUUUUGCGGCCAGUGAAAGAUUAAAAUGUGUAUCUGUAAUAAUCACCUUCUAAUAUCCGGUACCUUUUGUGUUACAUUGUGGCUAUUUGAGAACACAAAAAUACCAAGGCAGGGGUAUUGUACAGUGGUGCAGAAAUUCUAAUUGUCUAUUAGGGAGUGUAUGUUGUAAAAUAUUGUAUUUAUUUUGUAAAAUAAGUUAAAAGAUUUAUACUUUUGUAAAUGCUGUUUCUGUAUUUCAUGUAUGGGACAGCACAUUUCUCCACAUGCCAGUCCUUUCCCGCGUGUACCGAAAUCUGAUUUUAGAAUAAAAUUAGAAUUACUUGCUUUCAGUAAAACCU